AUGGCAGUUUCAUAUGCUCCUGCUGGUCGAGCGGCAGUGAACGAGUUUCAUCGUAGAUUAGAUGAUGAUGUUAUUUACUGGAGACGGAUGCAGCAACUAUCCGUCUUCCAAGAACCAUCCUCUGUCACUUCAGUAGCUUUCUGCCCUAAAAAGCCUUACAACGUUGCAUCUACUAGUUCCGUUCGGCUCUCGUUGUAUGAUAUUGUAGAAUGUGAACCCAUAAAUAUGUUCAGUAGAUUCAAGCAAGCUGUACAUGGUGUGCGGUUUCGACAUGAUGGAGAGUUGGUCGCAAUUGGCGGCGAGGAAGGAAAAAUACGUGUUUUUGACGUCACUCGCACCAGUGGCACUGGCAAAACUCCGUUGCGUAGUGUACGUGCAAGUCAGAGCAGUGUCCGUUGUGUUGAGUUCUCCUCUUGCGGUAAAAAAUUGUAUUCUAUGGCGAGUGAUGGAAUAGUCAAACAGUGGGAUAUAGCUGAUACAAGUUCAAAGCCAACUUUGGAAUUCACAGCUCAUAAGGAUGCCAUUCGAGCAAGCGCUAUUUCUGCCCCCAAUGAAAGUCUUCUUUUGACCGGAGGAUAUGAUCACAAAGUAAAAUUAUGGGAUUGUCAGUGUGUAAACGAUGGUCCUACCGUGGAAGUGGAUGCCAACUUCCCUGUUGAAAGCGUUGUGUUUCUCAAUAAUGAGCACUUGAUAGCCACUGCUGCUAGUCCCAUCGUCAGAAUUUGGGAUGUAGCCGCUGGAGGGAGGCAACUGAUGCCACUACAGCAGCAUCAUAAAACAGUCACUUCCCUUUGCUUAGCCAAAAAUGAUUUUACAUUGCUUCAUUCGAUGUCUAUGGCUGCACCAGUGUUGAGUCUAGCAAUAUCGCCGGAUGAUCAGACAAUGGCUGUAGGCAUAGGUCAACUUCUGGCCAUUCACCGUCGAGAGCCGGAGUCUAAAGCUAUGGUAUGUGCACAAGUCGCAGACAGUUGCACGAUGGUGCGUACUGCUGCACCCAAAGUGCGAGUACAGGAGGCAGGAAAACCAAGAGAAACUAGGGAGAUUAGUGCAAAAUCUAGUGAUCAGCAUCGCUUGUCAAAGAUUGAUACACUUUUGAAAGGUUAUCAACACUCUGCUGCGAUCCGAAAGAUGUUUCAUUCUUAUUACUUUCACACCAAAAAGGAGGAGGAGAAACUUCUGAAUAAGUCACUGCAGCGCGGUGGCGAUCCGUACUUUGACACUUUAUGUCGCACACUACACGGGAUUAGCGAGCUUUGCUUACCAUCUGUUGUCAACGCUUUAAUAUCAUGGCAUCAGCGAAUGGAACUGAAGAUCAACGAGAGCAUCAAUCCAGGUGCUGAUAAUCGUGUGCUUGUCAAGAAACUACUUGCUGUCAACUAUUUGUUUUGCAUAGUUCCCAUAGAAAUUCUCCCACAGCAAGUGCAGUAUAAGGAUCCGACUACACUGGGCGUCAACAAUACUAACAGUCUCGUCGUAGCUGAAACUUAUGCAGAGGUUAUUGGUGUCUUGUCAGAAACUCAUUUCACUCAGAUUCACAAGCAAUUCAUGGCAAUACUCACUGACUUGAAGAAAGACAGUUUACCAACUGUCAGCCACAAUAUGAUCUCUCUUUUAAUGGCUAUGAAGUUUGUAAAGGUUAAGACGAGUUCAAAUGUUUGA